AUGACCAGAACCGCCGACCAAAACCUCCACGCCCAUGUCAAUCUUGAGCAAUGGGUAACCCAACACGGCGGCCGACUGGAUGACACCGUCCAAUUUGCGCAUGAUGCGCAACGGGGUGUCCAUCUCCAGGUCAAACCAGCAGCAGCAGCAGCAACUAGAGGAACAUGCGUAAUGAAAAUCCCCAUUGAAUUAACAAUGUCCUACUUCAACGCCAUCGACUACUCCUCCCCAACUGCAAAAGACGGAGCAAGAUCAUUCCGUUCCCAUGGCGUCACACUCCCCAAAAAAUUAAUAGAAACAAUCGGUCCCGAAGAAACAACUGCCUUUUUUCUGAUGGGCCAAUACCUACUUCAAGAACACGGGUUUUGGUAUCCUUAUAUCCGGUCACUGCCCGGGAAGGAGGAGUUGACAACGCCCUUGUUUUUUAGAGAGGAGGAAGGGGAUUUGGAGUGGUUGGGGAUGACGAGUCUGGCGGCGUCGAGGGAGAGGAGAUUGGCUAUUUGGAGGGGGAAUUAUGAACGGGGGUAUACGAUGCUUAAAGAACUUGGGUUUGAGGGUGUGGAGGGGUAUACUUGGGAUUUAUAUCUGUGGGCAUCAACGAUAAUCUCCUCUCGCGCGUUUACGGCCAAGGUCCUGGCAAGCGUGAUUCCGGAGCUGAAGAACGCAGAAGUAGAUCGAGUCUCUGUUCUACUGCCUUUGAUUGACGCUACAAAUCACAAGCCACUGUCAAAAGUUGAAUGGCGCGCUGGGACGGAUAGUAUUGGCCUGGUGGUCAUGAGUGAUGUCGCGGCUGGCGAGGAGGUGGGCAAUAAUUAUGGGCCGAGAAAUAAUGAGCAAUUGAUGAUGAACUACGGCUUCUGUAUACCAGAUAAUCCGUGCGAAUACCGCGUCGUCAGUCUCCGGGCACCACUAGACAGUCCCCUGGCUCAAAUCAAAGCCCAAUACGAGCAACAUUUUCCCAAAUCCACGAGCAACAAACAAUCAGCAGACUCAAGCCAAGAAGAUAAAUACUACGUCUUCUCUCUAUCAUACCCACUUAUCGACUCCUCCCAGCCACUGGAAUAUUCUAUCUUCUCACCCGAUUUAUUGCAUGCAUUAUCUGUCAUCGUCGCAAACGAUCGGGAACUGGAGACCGUCACAAUAGACGAGAGUGGCUUUCAAGUUUCGCAGAAUCAGUACGCAGGUUCGAGAAAUUUGUUUGCGUCGUUGAAUCAGAUUGUUAUUGAGUUGUUGUCUUAUAUUCAGAGACUUGAGGUGUCGGGGAGUCGGUUGGGGGAACCGAGGAAUUUGAAGCAGAUGUUCGCGAAGCAAUUUCGGGAAAGUCAUAUUAGUCUUUCGUGGACAGCCGUGUUUGUUGCAAACUGGACGCUUAUGAGGUCGAGAAGGGCUUUGGAGGAGGGUGAGAGAGAGGCAGUUCUUGAUGGGUUGUUAUCGCGCAUCCCGUCGCACAUUAUUGAUGGCGAGAAGAGGGGAAAGAUUAAAGAAAGGAUUCUAGGUAGGAAGAGUCUACUUUCAGACCACCAAUCUGGAGAACUCUUUCGUUUCGAAGAUUUAUUCCAGCUUCUGCCCCCGAGUUUCCAGGAUAUUGCCCGGAAAUGUCUCAAGGCACUUGCUACAAGCACAAAAGAAGCUAUUGCCAUUGAUGAUGGCACUGGAUCUAACCCCGAAAAUACAGCGAGUGGUCCACACGCACAAUUCGCAUACGCAGCAUUCAUCAACCUCAUCAUUGCAAUCCACAGACAUAGCCCAUCGCAUCUCCCUUCGCGUCUGAACACAUGGUCCAAAUUUCUUCUGAAUACAUACCCUUCUCCACCAAACGACGUAGCAUGGACCCUCCCCGAUGAAACCGACGAAACUAUCCUAUCUGCAUUCGACUCAUUCAUCAAUGACCACCUCCCCGGUGAAGUAUUGACACUCUUGACGCCUUGGGUAGGCACAUCAGUCCCGACGCAAGGCGAAAGGGAUGUUAGUGACUGGUGGCUUUCGCCGAAUUGGCUACGCUGGGCUUGGCUAGUGCUGGAGCAGGAGAUGAUUAUGAAUGUUGUUGAUGAUCCGUUGGCGGAGAUGGUUGAUGGAUCUAACGGAGGGCGGAUGAAGAUGAGGAAUUUCUUGUAUGUUCCGAGGGAAUAG